ACAAAAACACGGUCCAUGCUUUCAUACUCAAACAGACAUUUGACCCACUUUAAUUUAUUAACUUAUUAUCUACAUUAUUCACAUAUUGAGACGCAAAGGAAAGAGAGAGAGUGACUCAAAAGAUUACGAUACAAAACCGAACCCAAGUCAAUUAUCUUUCUUUCAGACCAAAGACGAAGAGAGAGACAGAGAGAGAAUCGUAAUGGGAGAAGUACAGAGGAUCGUGGUGGUUGUAGAGGAUAAAGAAGCGGCCAGGACAGCGUUACAGUGGGCACUUCAUAACCUCUUCCGUCACGGUGACGUCAUAGUCCUCCUCCACGUAUUUUCUCCUCCUCCCCGCAAGAAGAAAUCCACGGCGGCGCGUCUCCUCCGCCGCCACGGAUACCAUCUCGCCCUUUCUUUCCGUGAAAUCUGCGACGAUUUCUUCAACACAAAUACGGAGAUAAUCGUGAGAGAAGGAGACGAAGAUGGAACAACGAUCGCUGAAGUCGUGAAAGAAACUGGUGCGUCAACGCUUCUCGUUGGUCUCCAUCAGCAGAGCUUUCUUUACAGAUGGGCAGUGAGUGGGAUUGAUGUAGCUAGAAAUUUUAAUUGCAAAGUAAUGGCUAUAAAGCAGCCUUCACCGGAAGAGUCGCCGCUGCCGGGAAAAGCUAAGGGAUGCAAGACCUCACAGACGACGGUGACGUUAGAUAGUUUAACUAAUUUUGACUUUUCUCAAAUAGACAUUUCUGGAUUACAGGUUCCUGAGAUUCCGACACCUAAAGUACCGUACAGAUUAUGCCCGAGUCCUCGUGCGAUACUAUGGAGAACAAGACCACGGAGAUCUAAAGACCGUUACGCUGCCGUUUCAUAGUCUACCAUUUUUGUUCCAAAUAAAAUGCAAAAUACAAAGCUUUACUCUCAGUUCUUGUGCAACACACAUUCUAACUCCAUACAAAAAAAUCAUUCGAAUCAUGCGAAAUUAACACGCAUAGGCAUAAUGUAAAUAAUGUUCAUUUAUGUUAAGAACUCGUUUUCCUCUCCA